AUGGCUCCGAACAAGAAGAAGAAAAAGGCUGUUGCGAACCCUGCACGAGGAUUUGCCACAACAUCUGUCCCUUCAAAAACAAAACUGGCUGACGAGCCAAAUGAGAAUGUUGCCGAGUCUAGCACCAGCACAACGCCUCAGGAUGCUCAGAUUCUGGAGAACGGUGAUGGUGCCACGCAGUCUCAUCUUCCUAAGACGUCGCAAAAGAUCGAGGACAUGACCCCAGAGCAACUGGAAGCCCAUCUGGAAGAUUCGGAGCUUGAAGCCUUCGUUGAAAAAUACUCAAGUCGAUGCGAUGCUGACGCCAGUCGUCAAGUCACACGGCUUGAGACAGAACGGCGGCAGCUUCGCCUGCAAGCCCACAAAUUGUCAACCUAUCCAUGGCUUCCACAACAGAGCAUUGGCGAGCUGUUCGCGAUGAAUGCUCUAUGGGAAACUAUGAAGGAUGGAAUGGAGCAGGCCCCACUUCCUUCCAGCGCCGAAGAGAAGGUGUUACUUGAUCUCUGGACGCUUGAAAGGGUUCUACAAGCUUUGAAGUUCCCUCGAGUACUGGAAGCUGUAACUCAUGUUGCUGGGCUUGCAUUGUCUGGUCGAUUGAGCACAUCGUCAGAUUCACUGCCGGGCCUAACGGAGGCUUUUCAGUGGUACGCACUGGGCGAAGAUGCCGAGGAUUUGUCGAGCUACGAACAUACUGUAGAGCUCCGUCCUGGAAACAGUGGUUCCAGCACACCUGUUUUGUUUGAUUCUGGGACUCCGAGUGCAAAUGAUUCCUGGCAAAGCCCAGCAGGUACACCAGCUCAGGUAUCAGAACCUGAAGAUGACUACUCGCCCAAUGUUUCGUCCGGGAGUGAGGAAGACGACGACCCUGCAAAGCUGACAGAGCGAUAUGUUAGAAUCAAGCGACUAUUAUGGGAUCUGGAGAAUCCGCUUCAACCUGGGAAGUCGAGUUCCACAUCGAGACGGCAGAAGCAAAUAGUCAAGCUUAAGGGUAAACUGCAAUCUCUGUGUCGAGAUCCUCUUCUGGAUGAGUAUGAGGCUGAGUCUUCCUGGAGAGUCAUUAUGGAUGAACUUCAAGAGGACCGGCGACAAAUUUUGCGAGAAGAAUCAUGGCGACGGCGUGAGAUCGAGCAAGCCGGGCCUUCAGAAAGAGACAACAGCUUGCCGAAAGCCAAGACUCUAGCUCCUGGUGCUGAAGUGGAUGUUAAUGGAGAAGAUGGCCUGUUGGGAGGUAUGUUUGGUGAAGAGUCUGAGAAUGCAACACCUGAUCCGGCUACGAAACCACAAGGGGACAUCAAGCUCGUGGAUUUUGGUAAAUGGAGCGGCGUCUCUCCCAAAAAAUUACUCGACGAUACCUGCAAAGGGUAUGAUGCGAAAUGCCGUAUCCAGACACGUAUUUUACAAAGCACGUCACACUCAACGAGACACAGUUUGGAGAUUUCCUGGUCAGUAGAGCUUUCGCCAGACGAGCAUGCUAUUUCUGCCUUGCCAUCGAUGAUAUCAACGAAAAUAACGUCAACAAACUGGACAUUUGCGAUGGAGACAAUAGCCGCAGCCACAACUAUCCAGUCGGAAGCAUAUAUCUGCUCGCAGGGAUUGUUCGUGGUCUCAUCACUAGGCUCGAAAGAACAGAAAGCAAUCGCUAGGCUUCCGACUGUGUGGCGCGAGCUUGUCAGAGAUCUAGCUGACGAAAAGCAGAGACUUGUGAACGAGGAGCACAAGGAAAUACUCCGGCGAUUACGAAAUAUCAUCCAGGCCAUUCAAGAAGAGCCGCAACAUGAGAAGAGUGAUGGCGUGACAACUCAAAGAGCGAAACCCACGCUAGCAACAGAUCGUCGCCGCCCACGCCCUACUCCCAGCAGACUAGAUCCAGAUCAGAUUUCCAAGGACUGGCUAUUACGGACGUCUCGCCCUUCCUUCCAGCAAAUGCUUGAAGUUCGUCAAUCACUGCCAGUCCAUCAGUACAAGGACAACAUUUUGUCUUGCAUUGCCAACAACCCGGUCACUGUGAUUUGUGCCGAGACAGGUGCUGGCAAAUCCUCUGGCAUUCCAGUAUUGAUUCUUGAACGGCAAUUCGGAAACGGUCAAGAUUGCCGGAUCCUUGUCACUCAACCCCGGCGUAUCUCGGCAGUGACGUUGGCAAGGCGAGUCUCGCAAGAACUAGGAGAAAAUCGUAAUGAGAUUGGCACGUCAAAAUCGCUUGUGGGCUAUGCCAUACGAUUGGAAAGCAAGACGAGCAGCAGUACUCGCAUCACGUACGCAACCACAGGUGUGUUGCUGCGAAUGUUGGAGGAAUCGCCCAAUCUGGAAGAAUUGGACUACCUGAUUCUAGAUGAGGUCCAUGAGCGCACGAUGGACCUCGAUCUGUUGUUCAUUGCUUUGCAGAAACUCCAACGACGACGGGAGUCUUUGAAGAUCAUUCUCAUGUCGGCCACAGUAGACGCACGAAAGUUCUCCGACUACUUUGGAGGUGCACCAGUUCUGGAUCUCCCCGGGCGGACAUUCCCCGUUGAGGUCGGCUUUCUCGAGGAUGCCGUUGAAGCCACCCUCGGCCUUACUGGAGCCAGAGACCAGUCAGUGGCUUUGGAGGAAGAAGAAGUCGAUUUCGAAGGCUACGACAACCGAAAAGGUCGUCCCAUGAUUCUGGAGCCUGAAAAAUACAGUGGCAAGACCCAAGCUUUGAUAUCGCAAAUGGACGAGUAUCGCAUCGACUACAAUCUCAUCGCAAAGCUAUCGGCCUCGAUCGCGACAAAAUGCCAAUAUGCCAAAUACAGCAGUGCAAUUCUGAUAUUCAUGCCUGGCAUAGGUGAGAUGCGCCGCCUUCACAACCUGCUCUUGUCAAUGGACACGUUCAGUCAUGGCUGGGUGGUACAUCUACUGCAUUCCACUUUUUCCACUGAUGACCUCGAAAAGGCCUUUGAACGACCGCCACUGGGACAUAGAAAGAUUGUGAUUGCCACAAACAUCGCAGAGACAGGCAUAACGAUCCCUGAUGUCACAGCUGUCAUCGACACAUGCAAAGAGAAAGUCAUGCGGUUCGACGAACGGCGUCAACUUUCCAGGCUCACUGAAGGAUUCAUCUCGCGCUCGUCCGCGCGCCAACGACGAGGUCGUGCGGCCCGUGUGCAAGAAGGUUUAUGCUUCCACCUUGUUACAAAGCACCGGCACGACACUCUCAUGCUCGAGCAGCAGGUCCCGGAGAUGCUGAGGUUGAGCUUGCAGGACCCAAUGCUGAGGAUCAAAGUGUGGAACCUCGGCUCGAUAGAAGAGACGCUCAACGCUGCAAUCGACCCUCCCUCAAGGAAGAACGUGCUGAGGGCAAUCGAGAAGCUGAAGGACGCAGGGGCCUUAACGAAAACCGAGGCAUUGACACCACUGGGACAGCAAAUCGCGCGACUGCCAUUGGAAGUGUCGCUUGCAAAGCUGGCAAUUUUUGGUGUCAUUUUCAGAUGCCUGGAUCCUAUUCUGGCUAUAGUGUCCCUGUUGACAUCGAAAUCACCGUUCCUCGCUUCUUCAGCAGCAGCUGCUCGCCCUGACGCCCGCCAGACAUUCAGCCGCGCGGACUCGGACCUUCUGUCUUCGUUCAACGCAUACGAAGCAUGGCGAAGAGCCAAAGCUGCGCGCUCCGCCCAAGACUUCUGCCGCAAGAACCACAUCAGCGACCAAACAAUGUCACAGAUCGAAGAGCAAAAGGUACAGCUUCUUGUGUACCUUGUCGACGCAGGUCUCGCGAGUCUGGACCUUGACGAGAAAGCUGUACUUAACCGGGCCAGGUCUGGGCCCGGCCGCGGUUCGAAUAUCAACUUCUACAUCGUUCCCGAGAGAUAUAACCAGACACUCAGCGAUCGAGCACUGAACGGCAUCACCGCCAUGGCACUGUAUCCUCGAAUCCUCGCGCGCGAAGGCAAAGGCUGGCGCAACGUGUACACAAACCAGCAGGUCUCGCUGACCUCCCGCUCGAUCAACCACAACAAUCCCAAGGCGCCUCGGUGGCUGUCUUUUUUCGAGGCUAUGCAGAACCGUAGCGGCAAUUUGAAUGUCUUCGAAACAUCUGCGAUACCCGAGUCGACGUUGGUGGCGCUGCUCGGCGAAGCUGAGUUCAAGUUCUACGCUGGCGUGAUGGUCUUGGAUUCUGGAAAAAUCAAGAUCUCUGUCAAACACUGGAGACAAUUGAUGGCGAUCAAGAUACUACGAGAGCGUCUACUCUACGUUUUGGAAAUUGCGUACAAGAAGCCUGGGCAAGGGUUGGAAGCUGCUGACCAGCAGUGGGUCGAUAUGUGGUUGAAAAUAGAAGCGUCUCAGGAAUCGUAA